CUGAACUUCCUCUCACUGACGUCAGCCUCGCCGCUCCGGACACCGUGCUGAGAAAAAUGCUGCUCUCCGUACCGCCAAGGACGGGAAUCAACCCCUACAACGGAUACAACAGCAGAAACAGCAAAAAGCAAGCCUAUGUGUCCUCCAGCCACCAGAUGGCACUGUCCAGUCCCAACAGUAGCAGCGCAAGUAGUGCGGGAGGCGGGGAACAGCUGAGCAAAACAAACCUUUACAUCCGUGGACUCCAUCCUGGGACCACUGACCAAGACCUGGUCAAGCUCUGUCAACCGUAUGGAAAGAUUGUGUCCACCAAAGCUAUUCUGGACAAAACUACCAACAAGUGCAAAGGUUAUGGCUUUGUGGAUUUCGACAGUCCCGCAGCAGCACAGAAGGCCGUGACGGCGCUCAAGUCCAGUGGGGUUCAAGCUCAGAUGGCCAAGCAACAGGAACAGGAUCCUACCAACCUGUACAUCUCUAACCUGCCCGUGUCCAUGGACGAGCAGGAGCUGGAGGCCAUGCUCAAAUCCUUUGGCCAGGUUAUUUCCACACGUAUCUUGCGGGACGUUAACGGAACCAGCAGAGGCGUUGGCUUUGCAAGGAUGGAGUCCACAGAGAAGUGUGAAGCUAUCAUUCAGCAUUUUAAUGGAAAAUAUAUCAAAACCCCACCAGGAGUGCCAGUACCUACAGAACCGUUGUUGUGCAAGUUUGCUGAUGGAGGACAAAAGAAGCGACAGAACCAGGCAAAGUACCUACAGAACGGUCGACCCUGGCAUAGAGACGGUGAUACGGGAGGAAUGACGCUCACAUACGACCCAACAGCCUUACAGAAUGGGUUUUAUUCUUCUCCGUACAGCAUCGCUCCAAACAGAAUGAUCGCUCAGACCUCUCUGUCUCCAUACAUGCCCUCACAAGUACCGUCCUACCAGGUGCACAGCCCAUCCUGGAUGCAUCAUCAGUCGUACCUCAUGCAGCCCACUGGGACCGUUCUGACUCCAGCUAUGGAUCACCCGAUGUCCAUUCAGCCCACGUCUAUGAUCGGACCCCUGACCCAGCAGCUCGGUCACCUGUCGCUCGGCAGCGCUGGAACGUAUAUUCCUAAUACAGCUAUGCAAGGGACAUACAUCCCUCAGUACACCCCAGUGCCUCCCUCUAGUGUUACAUUAGAGGAAAACAGUGGACAACAGCAGCAGGUUUCCAUGGAGACGCCUUCGGAACACACUAAUUACUCCUAUCAACACAGCAAAUGAAGCUACGGUCCUCUGGAGGUGCUAUAUAUUGCUGUGGACAAUGGGAAUCUCUCGGGGAGAUUUACGGAUUACCACAGACAGAGAGUAGCAGAGGGGAUAAGGAUCACAAAAGGAACGUGUAUCUUUUGUAGAACAGAGA